AUGAUUAAAUUACAUUUAACCGUGUUUUAUCAUCACAGACGAAACCCGGACGAAGUUUCCGGAAACGACGACGAAACGUACUCCCUCACUUCCCUCGCUAUCACAUCCCUCAUCGCGCUCCACAACCCCGGCUCCACGACCCCCGCCGCCGCUGCCGCCUCCGUCCCCGGCGGCGCCAGAGACAGUGCCGUCAACGGAUCGAAAUCGUCCCUCCGGUGCGCCGCCGAGCAGUGCCGCGUCUUGAGGGUCGAGUUCCAGUGGUUCUUGACGGCAUUGUCGCAGCCGCGCGAUGGUGGCCCACCGGUUGCCAUAACGGUCGUGCGCGGCCAGGAUGAUAUCGUCCUCCGCCGCCGAGAAAGGGCGGCGCUCGACGACCGGGCUGAGCUGGUUGCACCACCGGAGGCGGCAGGACUUUCCCGACCGGCCCCUUAUCGCUCGACCAGCCGGGUCAGGAUCCGGUCUUCCUUCACGCUCCACGGGCCCUUAAUCCUCUCCGGCAUUUCCCGGUUCCCUGGGAAUUUGCUCGAGGACGAGUUGGCUGAUGACGAGUCGGAAGAGGAUGAACUCGCCAGCGAACAUCUGUUGAACAGGUCCAUCCUUGGGAAGAAAAUUUUAGGCAAAGUCUUUCUGAUCCCUUCAGAUAAACCUGGGUUGUGGAUUGUUCUUGUGGAAUUUCCAGUUUUGGUGUCUAUCUCCUCUCUACUCCAGGAUCAUAAUUCCCGUAGAACCACUCCACCGCCCCCCGAGUCGUCCGAUAUAAAUACUCGCCUCCGCCAGCGACUCCUUCACCAGCUUCGGCAGGCCCGCCUUGGCACCAGAUCCAAGUACACGUCCUCCAACCUCUUGAGUGCCUCCGCCUCCCUUCUCCUCCGAUGUUGCCCCGAACACUAG